GAGCUGUUAUGGCUCCCGCACACAGGACGCGACAAGCGCGUUGCGCGCAGCGGCGGGAAUUGCCACAACGGCCAACCGACGUCUCGCUCGCCCGGGAAUAAUAUCUACAUAACCGUCGAUUGGCUCCCUCGCCGGCCUCCGUCGCGCGACAAACAUCGUCCCGUGCGCGAGAGCCAUUGGACGUGCGACGUAUGCGAUCGUUAUGUCGUUUCCGUGUCCGAUAACGCGAUCCGCCGCGUCUGUAUAAAGAAACAUGGGGCACAGUGGACCAACGCAGUGACCACCUGGACCGUUCCCGUCUUGACCGUGACGGCAGCGACGUGCGCACUGCGAAUCCGCGUGCGAGCAACAUGGAGGCGGAAUGCGACUCAGGGCCUCACUUUUGGCGGAGCGGGGAGACCUUGAAAGUGCCCAUGUCCCUUUUCUGCAAAAAUCGCGAACGACUGGCCGCACGUAUUCGAGAGAGGUGUAUUCCGCGUGCAAAUACUCCCGAGGGCUUCUUCGUCGUUCUUCAAGGUGGCGUGGACGUUCCCUUCAACGACACGGACGUAAAUUUUGUCUUCAGACAGGAGUCGUUCUUCCAAUGGUGCUUCGGCGUGGAGGAGCCGGACUGUUACGGCGCCAUCGACGUCGCGAACGGCCUCUCGUACCUCUUCGUGCCCAGGCUACCAGCCGAGUACGCGAUCUGGGAGGGCAAAUUGUACACCCUGGACGACUUCAGGAAACGAUACGGCGUGAACGAGGUUCGUUACACCGACGAGAUUGCGGCCGUGCUGAAGGAGAAGAGAGCGCAAACGUUGCUCCUGCUGCACGGCGAGAACAGCGAUAGCGGAUUGAAGACGCGCAAAACGCAUUUCGAUGGCAUCGAGAAAUUUUCGACCGAUAGUGAAAUCUUGUAUCCGGAAAUAUGCGAAUGCCGGGUAAUAAAGUCCCCGGAAGAAAUUGAGGUAUUGCGAUACGUGUGCAAGAUAAGUUCGAGUGCGCACGAGGUCAUAAUGCGCACCAUGCGCCCUGAGACCCUAGAGUACCAAGCGGAGGCUUGGUUUUUGCACUAUAUAUACGCCGAAGGAGGGUGCAGGCACGUGUCUUACACAUGCAUCUGCGGAUCCGGACAUAAUUCCUCGAUAUUGCACUACGGUCACGCCGGCGCGCCGAACAGUAAGGUGAUAAAGGAUGGAGAUAUGUGCUUGUUCGACAUGGGCGGCAAUUAUUGCGGAUACGCGGCCGACAUCACGUGCAGCUUUCCGGCCAACGGGAAAUUCACCGAGGAUCAAAAACUGAUCUACAACGCGGUGCUGAAGGCGCGCGAUGCGGUGCUGGCGGCCGCGAAGCCGGGAGUCGUCUGGACGGACAUGCAUCUUCUGGCGAACAGGGUCAUGUUGACGGCGUUGAAGGAAGGUGGACUGCUGGUGGGCGACGUCGAGGAUAUGAUCAAAGCGGGUCUCAACGAAGUCUUCCAGCCCCACGGGCUGGGUCACUUGCUGGGACUGGAUGUGCACGACGUCGGCGGAUAUAUACGCGGCAUGCCUGACCGCCCGACGGCCCCAGGACUGAGAAAGCUGAGGACCGCGCGAAAAUUGCUCGCCGGAAUGGUCAUCACGGUGGAGCCAGGCUGUUACUUUGUAGACUGCCUGCUCGACGCGGCUCUUGCCAAUUCGGACCAGUCGAAAUUUCUCGUGCGGGAACAGCUGGAGAGGUUCCGUGGUUUCGGUGGCGUCAGGAUCGAGGACGACGUCCUCAUAACAGAAACCGGAGUGGAAAAUUUGACGCAUGUUCCUCGCAAAGUUGAAGAAAUAGAGGCGGUUAUGCGGCAUUGAUUGGAGAAUUUGCACAAGUCGGAGAAAGAUGGCGUAUUUAAGAACAAAAGAGUGAAGAGUUGAACAAACUAUAUCCUAUAAUAUUUCAAUUAAUUGUAUAAGUUUCAUUAUAAUAACAAGGUAUCAUUUCUUGUAAUUAUACGGAUAUAUAUUUUUAUAUCGAUUAUCAUUUAUAUACUAUAUGUAUAUUAUAUUAUAUAUAAAUAUACGGCGAAAAAUGUACAGCGAAUAAAGAGCGAAAGACUGAGACGCCAUACUGUAACAUUA